CCCUUAGAGAAGGCGAGGGACGGGUGGUUCCACCCCAGCCUCGGUGGCCGGUUCCCACCGAGGGUUUUCUCCUCCCCAGCCCGUGGGCAGCCCCGCUCUGGGCACGUGGCCCCGCUGGAUGCGUGCCACCCCAGCGUGCCCGGCUCCGUCCCGACUGCCAUCGGGCUGCCCGGGGAUGACGUAAGCCCUGGCCGCGGUUGCUUCAGGAGGGACCGGACACGGGCUUGCACAGAGGAGCCGCUGCCGCAAGCCGGGCUGUGGUGUCAUCAACCGGUUUGGUAGGACAAGGUCCAACGCUGAUCCGCUCCUUCCCGCAUGUACCGGCAUGAGCCGGGCUGCCCGGCCGCUGCCUCCCUGCUCCGCCGCUGCUUCCCUGGAUUUAGGGAAGGGGCUGGAUGCCCGGCUCAGCCGAUAUUGGGGACCCCGCGUGCCAGCGGGGACUGGUGUGAGGUGAAGGAUGGAGAAGGCAGCCGAGGAUGCAGGGAUGGAUGAGCCGCGCCACGGUGCCGCCCGCAGCACUCAUGGUCCCGCGCAUCACCCUCUCCUCCCUCCGUCACCCCCUGCCACCCGCUCUGCCACCUCCCAGGCCAGCGGACGGUGCCCGCGGCCGCUUGUCCCUCGCCAAGAGGGUGAGGGGCAUCCCCCCAGCCACGGAUCUACAGGGAAAACGGGAGGUGGAAGGGAAACCUUUGUGUCUGAGAAACAGGAUUAUAUAUUUUUCGUGUCCACAGCUGCAAGCCAGCUUGCAAAUCACCCGAUUCCAGCACUGUCGGAGCUCCUGACAGUGAAAUCCCAGGCGGAGAGGAGAAAUUCCUGCUGGGUGUUUACUCCGGCGUCACCCUGGGACGGGGAGGGGGGACGGAGGGCGGGCAAAGUUCGGCUCCUAUAAAGUCAGGUCUGGUCCACUUCAUUCAUUCCCCUGGCAGCAUCGCCGGGAGCUGCACGUCCCGCCUUUGCGCAAGAGGUUUUGCAGAUAAAUCCCCCCCCCGGGGAGCACCGGCCGCCUGCGCCAUGCCGAGGGCGCUGCGGGAUGUCGGGGCUGCCCUCACCUGCCUCCAGCUCCUGCUGCUUCUCCCCGGCGCGGAGCCGAGGCCACACGCGUGGGACGGGGACAGGCUCCAGCUGGAAGCCAUCAAAAAAGGGAUCCUGGAGCGGCUGGGGAUGUCCGCGCCCCCCGCGCUCCGGCAGCAUCUGGACCAGGAGAGCAUCCGGAGAGCGCAGCGGCUCUACCAGCACAAAGUGGCCGAGCUGACGGGGAACCGGAGCCGGGAAGAGGAGGGAGACGUGCCCAGGACCAGGCGCCUGCAUCGCCUGACCCCCACACUGCUGCGCCAGCUGGACAUCCCUCCAGGACACCAGGACCUCCAGGGAGACCGGGACCCUCAGGGAGGACACCAGGACCCUCAGGGAGACCGGGACCCCCGUGGUCCUUACCGCUACCAUCUCCUCCUCUCCCGCACCGAGGAUUUCCACCGGCAGCUCCGGGUGGUGCAGGCGGAGCUGAAGCUCUUCAAGCAGUCGCUGGCGUCCCCCGGCAUGACCCCACUCAACGCCUCGGAGCCCCCCCAGGUCAGCAUCUACACGCUGGGGGGGGCUCACGGGACCCCCCAGCUCCUGCGUAGCCAAGAGCUGGACCUUGCUGCCCCGAGCCUGGACCUCACGGCAGCCGUCCAGCCCUGGGCCACGGGUCCCGAGGACACUCUGCGCCUGGAGCUGGCCUUCACAGCCGACGUCCCGGCCUUGCUGGCCACCCCGGGGGGCGAGACGCUGGUGCUGGAGGUGGAAACCCAGGAGACGGCGAGGCGGGGGGCCAGGAGAGCGCGGGGGCUGGAGGAGGAGUGCGGGAAGAGCGACGGGAAGUGUUGCCUCAAGUCGCUCAAGGUCUCCUUCCAGGACAUCGGCUGGUCGGACUGGGUCAUCGCCCCCAACAGCUACUACAUGAGGUUCUGCGAAGGUUCCUGUCCCCACAACUACAAGCCGGCCAGCAUGCACGCCCAGAUCAAAGCCCGCAUGCACUCCCUCUCCAAAGCCACCCCGCCGCCCUGCUGCGUCCCCGCCGGCUACGACCCCAUGGUGCUGAUGCACUACGACGGCGAGGGCAGGCUGGUCUCCACCCUCUUCGAGGACAUGCUGGUCACCAGGUGCCACUGUGCCUGAUGGCGUCGCCUCCAGCUCAGACCACCCGAACAGGUGCUUCCCGGCAGCUCCAGCAUCCCAAAAACCAGCCCCCGUGCCACGAAACGCCUCAGGACCGGCCCCGACUCCACUGCCUGACCCAGCCCCGGGGUCUCCAGUUGUGAACCCCCCCUCCACAGGCCACCAUAACUUAUUCCUUCCCUCUCUUCCCUUAUUUAAAACCGUAUUUUAUUUGGUAGGUGGAUCCUCCCCACGCGGGAGAGCCCGAACGGGCCGGGGUGGGUCUGUGCCCGCGGCCCACUCCACGUCCGUCUGAGCAUCAUCUCUUCCCUGCUUAGAGAUGUAUUUAUACAACUUUC